CGCCCGCCCGCCGCGCCAUGUCGUUGAGCCCCAAGCACACGACGCCCUUCUCCGUGUCCGACAUCCUCAGCCCCAUCGAGGAGAGCUUCAAGAAGUUCGGCGCCAUGGACGGCGCGCCGCCCGGGCUCGGCUCCCCCCUGGGGGCGGCCUACCGGCCCCCGCCGCCCGCGGGCUCGUCGCCGGCGGCGGGGAUGCAGCCGCCUCACGUCAUGGCGGGCCACAGCGCGGUGGUGGCGGCGGCGGCGGCGGCGGCGGCCGCCAGCUACCACAUGCCGCCGGGCGUCUCGCAGUUCCCGCCGGGCCCCGUGGGCGGCUACUGCAACGGGGGGCUCGGCAACGUCGGCGACCUGCCCGCCUACCCGGACGGCGUCAGGACCGGCGCGGCCGCCGCCCCCGGCUGGUACGGGGCCAACGCCGACCCCCGCUACUCCACAAUCUCCAGGUUCAUGGGCCCGUCCCCGGGCCUCAACAUGCCGGCCGUGGGCCCCCUGACGGGCAUGGCGGAGGCGGCCAAGUCGCUGGGGCCCUUGCAGGCGGCGCCGCGGAGGAAGCGGCGGGUGCUGUUCAGCCAGGCGCAGGUCUACGAGCUGGAGCGCCGGUUCAAGCAGCAGCGGUACCUGUCGGCGCCCGAGAGGGAGCACCUGGCCGGCCUCAUCCACCUCACGCCCACGCAGGUGAAGAUCUGGUUCCAGAACCACCGCUACAAGAUGAAGCGGCAGGCCAAGGACAAGGUCACCCAGCAGCUGCAGCAGGACGGCGGGGCGCCGCCGCCGCCGCCGCAGCCUCCGUCUCCGCGCCGGGUGGCGGUGCCCGUGCUGGUGAAGGACGGGAAGCCGUGCCCGCCGACCCCCGGCCCCCCGGCCCCGCGGCCCCCCAGCGUGUCGGCGGCCGGCGGCGCUGUCCAUCAGCACCCCACCCAGCUGGACGAGCUGCCCGCCAGCAGCCCCCCGGCCCUGCACGGACAAGUCGCCGGCCUGGCCCAGAUGGACGCCGCCGCCGCCGUCGACUACAGCGGCGGCCUGGGCAACCCCAACCUGCUCUAUGGCAGGACGUGGUAACGACGACGCCUGGCCUCCUUCGGGGGGGCUCGGACCGCCUCCUCCUGGGGGUCCCGGCCCGUCUCCUUUUAG